AUGGGUGCAACAUAUAUGUUUAAGAUAAGACGGAUGGCUGAUGGUCACACAUGUGCUGCAAAUAUAGUAUUGGGGGCUCAUAGACAAGUGACAGCAUCAGUUGUGUCCACGUGCAUCAAAUACAAGUACACUUCAUCCCGAACAAGGUACACUCCAAAUGAUAUACGCAAUGACAUGUUACACAAUUAUGGGGUCUCAUUAAAUUAUGAAAAGGUCUGGAGAUCCCGAGAAAGAACAUUGAAAAUGCUUAGAGGUGAUCCAACGGUUUCAUUCAUGAAGAUACCAAGCUUUUUUUAUAUGUUAGGUCAAAUGAAUCCCGUUGAUGCAACGUAUUUGAAUGGACAUCAUGGUGGUACACUGUUCAUGGCAUGUACGCAGGACGCGAAUAAUAGCAUAUUCAUUCUUACAUUUGGGAUUGGGGACAAUGAGAACAACAAAUCCUGGACAUGGUUCUUCGAACAAUUGAAGAGGGCAUACGAAAAUACGAAAGGUUUGUGUUUUGUAUUAGAUCACUACAAUAGUAUCAAGAAUGCAAUAGAAAAUGUGUAUUCAGGGACAUAUCAUGAGAAUUGCUCAUACCAUCUACUACAGAAUCUAAAGUCAUAUUUUGGCAAGUCGGGUCACAAUAUAACACAAGCAUUCAACUUGACCAUUCGUGCAUACACCCUAGUAGAAUUUGAAUAUAACAUGUGGCAGCUUGAUUCAAUGAAUCCGAAGAUUACAACCUAUUUGGCCAAAGUGAACUCCAAGAAAUGGUCAAGAUUUCACAUGCCAGCUAAUUGGUAUUCUACAAUGACUCCGAAUAUGGUAAAAUCAGUGAAUGCAGUGACAAAAGCAGCGAAGAACUUCCCUAUUGUGGCUCUAUUGGAUUCUUUGAGACAAACUAUACAAUCUUGGUUUUGUAAACAUAGGGACACCGCGUCCGAUACUUUCACAAAGCUGUCAGGCAAUUAUGAGAAAAUUUUAAGGGAUAUGAGUUAUGAUUUGAGAAACUUCACAGUAAUGUUGACAUUAACUGUUACUGGAAAUGAUAUAGUUUUGUGUCAUUAUUUGCAGGACAUUCAAGUGGAUCAAUUACGCUGCCCGCACGCCCUGACCAUUAUUGCAAUGAUGAAGAUAGAUGCAUAUGAUUAUUGUUCAUACUUCUACACGAGGGAUGCAUACCUCAAUGCUUAUAAACACACAGUGUUUCCAGUUGGAAAUAUCAAUGAGUGGACAGUACUGGAUGAAGUUGUAAACGUAGUUGUGCUGCCACCAAACCAAAAAAGAAGUACAGGAAGGCCAUCAGAAAAGAGGAAGAGAUCAUCUUGUGAAGGGAAAAUCAUAGUCAAGUGUGGACGUUGUGGUGGAAAUGGUCACAAUCGCAGAACAUACACUAGUUUGGUUCCAUUAGGUCAAAGUAAGUCGUAG